GCGUGGGAGCAUGAAUUCACCAUUAAGACAUCGAUCCACACCUCCACACAAACCAAGACGAGCUUUUGAGGGAAAAAGCAAACGGGGCGCGAUCCCGAUGCCACAUCCUCUCAUUCACUGAAAGCGACGCGCCCAGAUCUUUAAUCCAUAACACUGUCACAUGUUUGCAAAAAUCACCGCGCUGGAUAUAUUUCCUCCAGAGCCCUUUUUGUAUUUUGUUUUUUAUUUUCUGCGCACGGUGAUCAUAUCUGGACAGCGGGGGACGGCGGUGCGCGUCUGAUAAGAAUUAGUGACUCGGACUUGGCUCAGAGCGCAGUUUGACUCCUCAUCAUGGGCUGCGACGCACAAACUGACAGAGACGGAGGGAGAGCGUGGAGACUCUGUCCCGAGAUGCAGACCUUAUCCUGGCUUUUGUUUCUCCUCCUGUUGGACCUCGGAGCGGCUCAAGUUGACGAUGACUUCAUCGGUCUCGGUGAGCUGCCGGAAACCUUCCCCUCGGACCCCCCGGAGCCGCUGCCUGUGUUCCUGAUGGAGCCGGAGGAGGCCUACAUUGUCAAGAACAAGCCAGUCAACCUGUAUUGCAAAGCCACGCCUGCCACCCAGAUCUACUUCAAGUGCAACAGCGAGUGGGUUCACCAGAAGGAGCACACCGUGGAGGAGAGGGUGGAUGAAAACUCUGGCCUGGUGGUGAGAGAGGCGAGCAUCGAGAUCACUCGGCAGCAGGUGGAGGAGCUGUUUGGGCCGGAGGACUUCUGGUGUCAGUGUGUGGCCUGGAGCUCCGCUGGGACCACCAAGAGCCGCAAAGCCCACGUUCGAAUCGCCUACUUGAGGAAGACUUUCGACCAGGAGCCUCUCGGAAAGGAAGUGUCACUGGAACAGGAAGUGUUGCUUCAGUGUCGGCCACCUGAAGGCAUUCCGUCUGCUGAGGUGGAAUGGUUGAAGAACGAGGAAAUUAUCGACCCUGCAGAUGACAGAAACUUUUACAUCACCAUUGACCACAACCUGAUCAUCAAACAGGCCCGACUCUCCGACACGGCCAACUACACCUGCGUGGCGAAGAACAUCGUGGCCAAGAGACGCAGCACCACUGCCACGGUCAUCGUCUACGUGAAUGGCGGAUGGUCCACGUGGACGGAGUGGUCGGUGUGCAACAGCCGCUGCGGCCGCGGCUACCAGAAGCGCACGCGCAGCUGCACCAACCCCGCGCCGCUCAACGGCGGAGCCAUCUGUGAAGGCCAAGGCAUCCAGAAGCUGCCGUGCAAUCCUCUCUGCCCAGUGGAUGGCCUGUGGACAGAGUGGAGUAAGUGGUCCACCUGUGGGACAGAGUGCACCCACUGGAGGAGGAGAGAAUGCGGCGCACCGGCACCCAAAUACGGGGGGAAGGACUGUGAGGGCCUGGUGCUGCAGUCCAAGAACUGCACGGACGGGCUGUGCAUGCAGAGUUCCUUGUUUCAGAAGUCCUCUGAGGCAAAAGACAAGAGUGAUUUGGGAAAUUCAUUGGCCCCCAGCACAGAUGAUGUAGCUCUCUAUGUGGGGAUUGUCAUAGCGGUUAUCAUGUGCCUGGUUAUCUCCCUCGCCGUGGCGCUCUUCAUCUACAGGAAGAAUCACCGAGACUUCAGCUCCGAUAUCAUCGAUUCCUCGGCCCUCAACGGAGGUUUCCAGCCCGUCAGCAUCAAGACGGCUCGCAAAGCUGAUCUCCUAACAGCGCCCCCUGACCUGACGUCGGCCGCUGCCAUGUACCGCGGCCCAGUUUACGCCCUCCAUGAUGUGGCAGACAAAAUCCCCAUGACCAAUUCCCCCCUGCUGGACCCGCUUCCCAACUUGAAGAUUAAGGUGUAUAACUCCUCAGGUUUAGUGACCCCGCAGGACGACCUGGGAGGAGAAUUAUCCUCCAAACUGUCGCCCAAGCUCCCGCACUGCCUGCUGGACAACAGCGACAGCACGAUGGGCCGCCGCGCGCAGACGCAGACGCUGCUCCGCAGCAGAGAUCCGUCCUGCACCGCUCUGGGGUCCUUCAGCUCGCAGGGAGGACACCUCAUUGUGCCCAACUCAGGAGUCAGUCUGCUAAUUCCAGCAGGGGCCAUUCCUCAGGGCAGAGUGUAUGAGAUGUACGUGACGGUUCAGAGGAAGGACAACAUGAGGCCCUCUGUGGAUGAUGGCCAAACGGUGCUGAGCCCUGUAGUGAGUUGCGGGCCCCCCGGUGCUCUGCUGACUCGGCCUCUCAUCAUCACCAUGCACCACUGCGCUGUGUGCGACGGCCAGCAGGACUGGCUGAUCCAGCUGAAGAGCCAGUCGCCGCAGAACCAGUGGGAGGAUGUGGUGGUGGUGGGAGAGGAGAACUUCACCACGCCGUGCUACAUCCAGAUGGAUGACGAGGCCUGCCACAUCCUGACAGAAACACUGGGUACCUACUGCCUCGUGGGCCAGUCCCUCAGCGCUGCCACCACCAAGCGCCUCAAACUCGCCAUCUUCGGGCCUGUCACAUGCCCCGCCAUGGAGUACCACAUCAGAGUUUACUGCCUGGACGACACGCAGGACGCACUCAAGGAGGUCCUGCAGAUGGAGAAGCAGAUGGGUGGGAAGUUGUUGGAUGAACCAAAGACUCUCAGCUUUAAAGACAGCACCCACAACCUGAGACUCUCCAUCCACGAUGUCCCCCACACGUUGUGGAAGAGCAAACUGCUCGCUAAGUACCAGGAGCUUUCCUUCCAGCAGGUGUGGGUCGGUUCACAGAGGAACCUCCACUGCUGCUUCACACUGGAACGCUUCUCCACCAGCACGGUGGACCUGGCCUGCAAGAUCUGUGUCCGCCAGGUCGAAGGAGAGGGACAGAUCUUUCAGCUGGACACGACACUGUCAGAGGAUUCCCAGAGCAUCGACACGUCUCUGCUGGAUCCGGCCAGCAACAUCACAACACUGGUGGGGCCGAACGCCUUCCGCAUCCCCGUCUCCAUCCGACAGAAGCUGUGCGGCAGCCUGGACGCGCCGCAGACCAGAGGCAACGACUGGAGAAUGUUGGCCCACAAGCUUAACCUUGACAGGUAUCUCAACUACUUCGCCACCAAAUCUAGUCCGACAGGAGUCAUCCUCGACUUGUGGGAGGCCCAGCAUUUCCCCGACGGCAACCUCAGCCGCCUCGCCCAGGUGCUGGAGGAGAUGGGGCGCCACGACAGCCUUGUUCCCGCCGUGACUGAGCACUGACACCUGCCCACCGGGGAGCGUGACAUUCCAGGGAGGAGGAAGAAGACACAACAGGAAAACAGGAGAACGUGGGGGACGCCCUGAAAGCAGGGAGAGUCGUCUCUCAUCUCUGUGACAAAUGCACGUAUUCUCUCACAGGCACCGUCUGAGUGUACACUCAAAGAAGACAGGAACAGCAAGGUCUGCUCAGCCAUGACCCAGUUAAACAUUGGCAACAAAGGGUGUAAAAACUUGGAGAGUAAACAAAAAGCUCUGCCAGUCAUUUCUCUGGCUGCUUCUCUCUCUCUCUCUCUCUUUCUCUCUCUGGUACGGCGACUUGAUAUUUUUGGCUCCGGUUUCCUUGGAAACAGCUUUCCAGUCAUUCGAAUGGACUCUGUGGAUGUGGAAGAUGCGCCCUGUCAAAUAUACAAGUUAGUGACACUCGAUCAGAGGUCACAGCAUCCAAACAGGAAGACUUGAGUCAGAAAAACAAAAAACAAAAAAAAAAAACAUCUCUCCCUCUCCGAAAUCAGUCUCAAAGCCAACUCCAUGGACAACUACGUGUUCUGUGAUAACAUAGUAUUUAAUAAUAUGCCUAUUUAUACAUAUCUUUUUUGUUUUUGUAUUUUAUUCUGCCUGUUAUUUGAAUGCGUUGCGGCGUCCCCUCGCUUUCUUCUUUUAAACUGUGUCAUAGCGCCACCCGGUGGAUGCUGAGUGGUGCUGUUAACAUUUACCCCCACCCGCCACCUUCACAGGCAAAUUCAUGGUGUAAUCAUUUUACAAGUUUAGUGUGGCUAUUGUUAACUAUUAUUAAUAUUUUAGUCAUUUUAUGAUUUUGAUUUCCUAUUAUGCGUGCUUCUUUUACAUGACUGUAUUUUAUUUUUUCCGACUUGAGUUGCAUUUAUGAGGAUAUUUCUUUACUUUGCUGUUUAUAUCUUAGCAAACUUCUUACACAAGUGUUUCCCCCAGACAGAGAGACAUUAACCAUCUGACUUGUAUGUUGCUUGAGAUACUGCUUUUACACGACGGAUGUCAGGCUGAGAACAGCAGUGAACUACUAAUAAAAGGGAAUCAAACAAGUAUAUUUUUGUAGGAUCAAUGCAACUUAAAAA